AUCGAAUGCCAUGAGAAGAAGAAUUGCCAAGCAACUCUGCAAAUAUAAAAAAUGCCCACUUCCGAUCUUCGCCUCCAUCCACGAGGUUACAAAACACACAAAUGGCUCGAUCUUGACGCUACUUACCUCAUCGUAAAACCCAAGUUUUCUCUACGCUUCCGCCACGCUGAUGAGCUCAGGAUAGAAAGUGCAAUGUCAGACAGUUAUCGUUUCGGCGACUAUAACAAUGGUUCCCAGGUGGGGACUAACAGGGGGACGAUCUACAAUACUUUCCCGCAGGCGCCAGAACGAUCAGAAACCCCGCCGCGGCCAUUCGCGACCAUCCCCUUCUCCCGCGAUCCCGAUUUUGUCAACCGCGGAGACAUUCUCGAGCAAAUCGACCGGCGAUGUUCCGAGCCCGCCGCUCGUGUGGCCCUCGUAGGCUUGGGCGGUAUCGGCAAGUCGCAGCUGGCCAUCGAGUUCGCUCACCGGAUCACUGAAAAGCAGCCGGACAUAUGGGUAUUCUGGGUCCACGCUGGAAUGUAUGAGCGCGUCGAGGAUGGCUUCAGGACGAUUGCCAACACCGUCAAGCUGGCCGGCCGGAACGAGCCCAAGGCCAACAUCCCACAGCUUGUGUACAGCUGGCUGUCCAACGAACGGAACGGCAGAUGGAUCAUGAUCCUUGACAGCGCUGACGACCGCGAUGUGUUCGACAACGCGAAUAUUGCCCACGGCACGACCAGCGGCAAUGAGCGCGAAAGGCGGCCGUUUGCGACAUACCUACCGCAGAGCCAAAAUGGAUCGAUUAUUGUCACAACACGUAACAGGGAGUUAGCAUUCAGACUGACCGGGCGCCGUCAAAAUAUGAUCGAAGUCGGACCGAUGGCGCAGACAGAUGCCCUCGCACUCCUGGAGAAGAAGCUAGGAUCGCCCGCGGAUCUAAAUGUGGCGGCCGAUCUCGUACAGGCGCUCGACCUCGUUCCGUUGGCCAUUAGCCAGGCUGCCGCCUACAUACAGGCAAGGGCGCCGCGGAGCUCGCCCGAGAAGUACCUAGCUGAGUUCCGGAAGAGUGAGCAUAGAAAGAGCAGUCUUUUACAGUACGAUGCUGGGGACCUACGACGGGAUGGAGGCGCAUCGAACGCGGUUCUUACCACAUGGCAAAUAUCUUUUGACUACAUCCGGUCUAAGCGGCCGUCUGCGGCGGAUCUCUUGUCACUUAUGAGCUUUUUCGACCGGCAAGGUAUCCCUGGUUGGGUUUUAAAACCUCCUAGAGUUACUAAGGAGGAUAUUCUAGGACGGCGUAUAGACGAGGACGGAGAUACAGACUUUGAUAAUGGCAGAAGUGCUACAGAUGGUACCGUAGAUGAUGACAUGGAUGGUGACACAGAUAGUGACCUCACGGAUGAUAGUGCAGAUACCACUGAUGAUGGAUUCGAAGAUGAUGUGGCGAUGCUGAGAGACUACUGCCUCAUAGCGACGACUGAGAUGGACGAGUUUGAGAUGCACGGGCUUGUGCAGUUCUCAACGAGGAAGUGGCUGGAACAAUGCGGGCAGCAGGAGACGUUCAAACAGAAGUUUAUUGAGCGAAUGGCAGCGUCAUUCCCAACUGGAAACUACGAGAACUGGGCGACUUGUCGAAAUCUCUUCGCACACGUUCAAGUAGCCGUCGCUUACCAACCCAGCGACGAUAGGAACGACAUAUGGGCGACACUUUUGAAUAAUGGGGGUUGGUUUGCAUGGUCGCAAGGGAGAUACGAGGUGGCACAGCGGAUGGUGGGCAAAGCGAGACGAGCCCGCGAGAAUAGACUGGGAAAAGAGGAUACGGCGAGUCUAGAUAGUAUGUCACUGUUUGCUCUAGUCCUUUUGGACCGAGGCCAGUGGGAGGAGGCCGAGAAGCUGUUUGUGCAGGUGAUGGAGACUCGCAAGAGCAAGCUUGGGGCCGAUCACCCUUCUACGCUGACGAGCAUGGCCAACCUAGCGUCGACAUACAGGAACCAGGGCCGGUGGGAGGAGGCCGAGAAGCUGUUUGUGCAGGUGAUGGAGACUCGCAAGACCAAGCUUGGGGCCGAUCACCCAGAUACGCUAUCGAGCAUGGCCAACCUAGCGGCGACAUACAGGAAGCAGGGCCGGUGGGAGGAGGCCGAGAAGCUGGACGUACAGGUGAUGGAGACGCGCAAGACCAAACUUGGGGUCGAUCACCCAGAUACGCUGACGAGCAUGGCCAACCUAGCGUCGACAUUUUGGAACCAGGGCCGGUGGGAGGAGGCCGAGAAGCUGGAGGUGCAGGUGAUGGAGACGAGCAAGACCAAGCUUGGGGCCGAUCACCCUUCUACGCUGACGAGCAUAGCCAACCUAGCGUCGACAUACAGUAAGCAGGGCCGGUGGGAGGAGGCCGAGAAGCUGGACGUGCAGGUGAUGGAGACUCGCAAGACCAAGCUUGGGGCCGAUCACCCAGAUACGCUGACGAGCAUGGCCAACCUAGCGUCGACAUACAGGAACCAGGGCCGGUGGGAGGAGGCCGAGAAGCUGGAGGUGCAGGUGAUGGAGACUCGCAAGACCAAGCUUGGGGCCGAUCACCCAGAUACGCUAUCGAGCAUGGCCAACCUAGCGGCGACAUACAGGAAGCAGGGCCGGUGGGAGGAGGCCGAGAAGCUGUUUGUGCAGGUGAUGGAGACUCGCAAGAGCAAGCUUGGGGCCGAUCACCCUUCUACGCUGACGAGCAUGGCCAACCUAGCGUCGACAUACAGGAACCAGGGCCGGUGGGAGGAGGCCGAGAAGCUGUUUGUGCAGGUGAUGGAGACUCGCAAGACCAAGCUUGGGGCCGAUCACCCAGAUACGCUAUCGAGCAUGGCCAACCUAGCGGCGACAUACAGGAAGCAGGGCCGGUGGGAGGAGGCCGAGAAGCUGUUUGUGCAGGUGAUGGAGACUCGCAAGACCAAGCUUGGGGCCGAUCACCCAGAUACGCUAUUGAGCAUGGCCAACCUAGCGGCGACAUUUUGGAACCAGGGCCGGUGGGAGGAGGCCGAGAAGCUGGAGGUGCAGGUGAUGGAGACGAGCAAGACCAAGCUUGGGGCCGAUCAUCCAGAUACGCUGUCGAGCAUGGCCAACCUCGCUUUUACUUGGAAAAGCCAAGGUCGACACUCGACCGCCUUAGCACUAAUGAAGGACUGUGCCCAGGCUCGGCAGCGACGACUUGGUGCAGAGCAUCCAGACACCCUGUCGUCUUUGGCCACCGUCACCAAGUGGGGUAGCUAG